CUCGCGAGAUCCCGAGGAAGCCUGUCAUGUGACCAUCCAAAAUGGCGGCGCCCAGUGCUGCUGCGAUGGCAGCUGAGAACUCAGCUCCCGUGUAUUUGGUGGUGAGCGGGAUCCCCGCGGGCCUGCGCUCGGCCCAACUGAGGAACUACUUCAGCCAAUUCCGAGAGCAGCGCGGCGGCCGCGACGCCGGCUUCCUCUGCUUCCACUAUCGGCACCGACCUGAGCGGGCUCUGGCCCCGGAACCGGCCCCUGUCUCAGCACCCGCAGCCCCAGCCUGCGAUCCCGCUCAUGUCCAAGCCCCGGCCUCCCCGACCCAGACUUCCCAUCUGCCGGCGGCUCCUGCUCUGUCUUCAGCCGCAGUCCCUCCCUCCACCUGCUGCUGCGUGAUCUCGGUGCGGGGGCCAGCCCAGGCCGAGCGGUUCCUCCGCAUGUACUCGGGCCGCCCUUGGCUCGAUUCUCAGGGCAACUGGCUGCCCGGACGCUGCCGCAUCCGCAGGCUCCGGCUCCCCCUGCAGGAGGCAGGUGUUGAUCCCUUUCCUUUCAAGACCCGGAAAGAGUUGCAUAGGAGAAGGACCACAAGUGAAGCUUUCACACUGGCUGACCUCACACAGCUACCAGAACUGAACCCUCCAGCCUUGAUGCCCAAUGGGAACGUGGGUACCCCAAUGCGUAUCUUCUUAGAGCUGAUCCGAGCCUGUCGUUUGCCCCCUCGCAUCAUUACACAGCUGCAGCUGCAGUUCCCCAAGACAGGCUCCUCCCGGCGAUACGGCAAUGUGCCCUUUGAGUAUGAAGACUCAGAGACUGUCGAGCAGGAAGAGCUGGUGUACACAGCACAGGGGGAGGAGAUCCCAGAAACCCCCCAACGAACUUUGCCCACACCCAUCACAACUGGGACCCAAGAAGAGCCAAAAAAAGACGAAGAGGAAUCUCAUUCAGAUGAUGACAAUGACACGUGUGAGGAGUGGGAACGACAUGAAGCCUUGCAUGAGGAUGUGACAGGCCAGGAACGCACCACAGAACGGCUUUUUGAGGAGGAGAUUGAGCUCAAAUGGGAGAAAGGCGGCUCUGGGCUCGUGUUUUAUACAGAUGCUCAGUACUGGCAGGAAGAGGAAGGAGAUUUUGAUGAGCAAACAGCUGAUGACUGGGAUGUGGAUAUGAGCAUAUACUAUGAUCGAGAUGGUGGAGACAAGGAUGCUCGUGACUCCGUCCAGAUGCGCUUGGAACAGAGACUUCGUGAUGGCCUGGAGGAUGGCACCUUUCAGCAUCACACAAAGGGUAUUGGAAGGAAGGUGAUGGAGCGACAAGGCUGGGCUGAGGGACUUCGUAAUGGCCUGGAGGAUAGCUCUGUGGUCAGCCACCAAGUUGUUUCCUUUGAGCAUCACACAAAGGGUAUUGGAAGGAAGGUGAUGGAGCGACAAAGCUGGGCUGAGGGACUUCGUGAUGGCCUGGAGGAUAGCUCUGUGGUCAGCCACCAAGUUGGCUCCUUUGAGCGUCACACAAAGGGUAUUGGAAGGAAAGUGAUGGAACGACAAGGCUGGGCUGAGGGCCAAGGCCUGGGCAGUAACUGCUCAGGAGUGGCUGAGGCCCUGGACAAUGAUGGGCAGAAUCCCAGAUGUAAGCGGGGAUUAGGAUACCAUGGAGAGAAAUUGCAGUCUUUUGGACAGCCUAAGAAACCACGUGGGACAAGCCUGGGGCUCAUCUCCACAAUCUAUGAUGAACCCCUUGCUCAGGACCAGGGUGACGACCUGCUUCGACGCCAGCCACCUACCAGCCUGAAGUUCCGUGCAGAUAUGACCUUUGUGAGAGGCUCAGACCUGGACAGCUUUUCCCACAACUCAUCAGAGCCUGAAUGACUGGGACAGGAACUCCACAUAUGGUGGCGAGAAUCACAGCAUCUCUCUGACUUUUCUGUUCUUGAGGCCAAAGGGAAUGACUGGCUGCAGGAUCCAGAUUUUCCCAGAGAAGAGAAUGGCAAGAGAGAGCUGGGAACCAGUCAGCUUUCUCACUUUUCUUCCUUCCCAUGUGCUACCUCAAGACUGCAAUUUUAUUUAUUUUUUAUAAAACACUGUUUCUGUUAUGCUGUUCAGCUCUGGUGGUUUCUCCUUAUGGAUUUUAAUUUCUUACUCAGUUUUGGCCUUGGUUCUUCCCCAGAACACUGGUGAUAGUGUUGACUCUGUCCCCUUCUUAGUCCUCUGAAGCAGGGUAUCAUUUGUCAAGACCAGGCCAGAUUUUUCCUGCACAUAGUGCUGGCCAGAUAGGAGUGGAUGCGGCAGCCUGAGCCCAUUCUACUUACUAACCCUUCUGUGAAGGGCAGACAGACAUACAACAGAAUAAAGUUUUUGUUUGUAUAACCAA